ACAACGAAAUCUCAUUCAAAGAGGGGCGAGUUGUAUUUAAACGCUAACUACGGAGUACAAAGGCUCAAGGUUGAAUGUGGCGUGCUGUCGCAGAUCUAUUUUGGGCACCGCGCCAUGUACGGUAGACAGGGGCCUAGAUCUCAUCAUAAACCAGGCACAUCCGCACUAACCUGACCGAGUGCCUGAGUAACUUCUCAACUGUCCCAUAGUUGACCCAUUGACUCAAAGUACCAGUUAGGAUGGGCUUCAUCGCCUCAGCUAGGAGAGAUAUCCGUCUCACAAACCUCACAAUUUAUGGACAGUGGUCCGGCGUUUUGGCAGGCAUUUUACUCGGCUUGCUGUAUAUCUGCGGCUUUCUUGUAGCCUUGCUGCGAUAUCCCACAUACUGGGGACCCCCCGGAAAUCUGCUGAGCAUAGUUACCCUCACCACUCGUUCCAUCAACAGACUCGUGCUCCCCUUGAGUCCAUGCUUCCUAGAGAUUCCACAUCUUCACAUGCGAUUCUCCUGGAUCGCAACGUUUUAUCAUUGUUGGUUAUCAAUCGUGCUAUUAGUCAAUUUAAUCACAACGGCAGUAACGCGGGGGGCUAGUUUCGGGUACAAACAUUUCAUAGAAGUAGUUGUUAGCAUAUUCUCUUUCGGGUUUUCAACGACUCAUGUCACCGACGUUCUUAUCAAUCGCGACAUAUCACAGCGCUGGAGCAGACUACAUCGGGCUCGAUUUUAUACCUUUUUUGCACUUGUCACCCUCACCUCCCUUGGCUUCCCAUUUAUUGAUAGCCCGGCUUGGGAACCUUUUAUUUGGUUGAACUUCUUCUUCGGGUUGGGUAGUAUCCCUGCUGUGAUUUCAUUCAUCGCAGGCGUGUUAUAUUAUGUGGCGGAGUUUCUAGAGCAUGGGUUUAUCUUCAGCCAAGUGUUUGGUGGUUCUGGUGUUGAACCUGUGGAUUUCACGAUACCAGGAUUCGGCCCAGAACUAAACUAUAUCGAGGCAGAAGGCAGCAUACACCUAUAGAAAUGCUACUUUCAUACUCCAAGAAAAAUAACUCGCAAAAGUACCUACGCAAAAACCAAAAAUACAAGGAUGCAGAAUGCAGAAUGCAGAAUGCUCAAAUUUC